CUUAGUGUGCGUGGGUCUUGCCGGGAGGAAGUGACAUGUCACCUGGCUGCUGUGAGUGGGACACUUACUCUUCUCCCACUUGCACGGAUUAGUGCGCUGCGGGCUGCCCUAAUCUGCACUCAGCACCGCGGCCACAGACAAACACUCCGCCAUGCACCCUGGCCAAAGUUGCCUCCCGCGGGCAUCGAACCUCAGCGGACACCGUAGAAUAUAGGAAAGUUUUUUUUAUUUAAUUUUUUUGACGACUUAUACGGACUUGAAUCAAUAUAUAAUGUUAUUGAUCGCCUACAUUUUCCAGCAAAACAGCUGAAGGUUACAUUGUCGAGUCGUCUUUUUUUUAAUUUUUUAUUAUUAUUAAUUUCUUGUAUUUUUUUUAAUUUUCAAGUUUGGAUGUGUUAGUGGGAGCAACGAGGCGCGUGCACCACACGACUAAACUGUCGGGAGCGCGCACAGGCUGGACUAAGUGAGGAUGGAGAUCCGGCCGGACAGGUUUAAGGCUGUGGCUGCAUCCACGCUGGGCAAAAUAUAUGGCGCUCUAGAGAAGAAGCAGGAAAAUGGCGAGACCAUCGAGCUGUCAGCCGAGGGUCGGCCGGAGAUGGUGGAAGAGAAGGAGUUGCCCGUGGUGGACUGCACGUGCUGCGGCCUGCCCCGCCGCUACAUCAUCGCCAUCCUCUCCGGCAUUGGCUUCUGCAUCUCAUUCGGCAUCAGGUGCAACCUGGGCGUGGCCAUCGUCAGCAUGGUCAACAGCCACACCGUCUACAGGGACGACAAGGAGGUCAUAGUGAAAGCUCAGUUCGACUGGGAUCCAGAAACGGUGGGCAUGAUCCACGGCUCCUUCUUCUGGGGAUACAUAGUCACACAAAUUCCAGGAGGGUUCAUCUGUCAGAAGUUUGCUGCCAACAGAGUGUUUGGCUUUGCUAUCGUGGCCACUUCUUUCCUCAACAUGCUCAUCCCGUCUGCAGCUCGCAUGCACUUUGGUUGUGUCAUCAUUGUCAGGGUGUGUCAAGGCCUUGUGGAGGGGGUGUCAUACCCGGCCUGUCAUGGUAUUUGGGCCAAAUGGGCGCCUCCGCUUGAAAGAAGUCGCCUGGCUACGACAGCCUUUUGUGGUUCUUAUGCCGGCGCUGUGAUCGCCAUGCCAUUAGCGGGAAUCCUGGUCCAGUACUCGGGAUGGUCAUCAGUCUUCUAUGUCUACGGAAGUUUUGGCAUCUUGUGGUACUGCUUCUGGAUCAUGGUCUCUUACGAGAGCCCCGCCGCCCAUCCCACCAUCACUGAAGAGGAGAGGAAAUACAUCGAGGAGAGCAUUGGCGAGUCGGCUCAAUUUACAGUGACGAAAUUCAACACACCAUGGAGGGCCUUCUUCACGUCCAUGCCAGUCUACGCCAUUAUUGUGGCCAACUUCUGCAGGAGCUGGACCUUCUACUUGCUCCUCAUCAGCCAACCCGCCUACUUUGAGGAGGUGUUUGGCUUUGCGAUCAGCAAGGUGGGAAUAGUGUCGGCUCUUCCCCACCUGGUCAUGACCAUUAUUGUGCCAAUUGGAGGCCAGCUUGCUGACUACCUGCGCUCCAACAACAUCAUGACCACCACCAACGUCAGGAAAAUUAUGAACUGUGGAGGCUUUGGCAUGGAGGCCACCCUGCUUCUGGUGGUGGGCUUCUCACACACAAAGGGGGUCGCCAUCAGCUUCUUGGUUCUCGCUGUGGGGUUUUCUGGCUUUGCAAUCUCAGGUUUCAAUGUCAACCACUUGGACAUUGCACCGCGUUAUGCCAGCAUCCUCAUGGGCAUAUCCAAUGGGGUGGGCACACUGUCGGGCAUGGUUUGCCCGCUUAUAGUUGGUGCUAUGACAAAACACAAGACACGUGAAGAAUGGCAAGGUGUGUUUCUCAUCGCUGCGCUCGUACAUUAUGGAGGUGUCAUUUUCUAUGGCCUCUUUGCAUCCGGGGAGCAACAAGCGUGGGCUGAGCCGGAGCAGCUGAGCGACGAGAAAUGCGGCAUCUUGGAUGAGGAUGAGCUGGCCAAUGAGACGGAGGAGCUGUACCGCACCAGCGGCGGCGGGGGCUACGGCGCCACAAACCAGGCAGCAGACCCCAACGGGGGCGCGGGAGGAGGCUGGGUCUCGGACUGGGACAAAACGGAGGAAUACGUGCAGCCCGCCGGCAGCAACAAUUACUAUUAUGGCGGCGGCGAGGAAGAGUUGACAUAAGAAGGCACCAGACUGGGAACGUUUACAGCAACUGGAGCAGUUUCACUUGGUGGCAGGAGAAACUUUGAACGUGGUUUGGAUUUGACAUGGAACCAAGUCUGCCUGCAUUAUUAUUAUGAUUAUUAAUACUAUCUUUGAGAGAGACUGCACAGUGGACAUUAGUGAUUGUGUGUUUGUGCGUGGUUGCA